GUUUCCAUCGUAUAUUCGUUGAUGUGCCAGCCCAUAUUUCUGCAAUCUUUGACACCGGGGUGUAGGCUAAAGUGUGUAUUUGUUUUCCAACUUCUACCAAGAAGGACUUGGUGAAUGUGAUAAUGCGUUUGUACUGGUACGCAAUUAUUGCAGCCAGUGUUCUGGUUCUGGUCCAAGGAACGCCUGGCAACGGAGCAAUGGUUCAACAUCCUGGUUUAUGUCCUGAUUGGGAUGACCCUGUGUAUGACGGCGUAUUGCAGGUAGGAAACUGUCCAAAUGACUGCCGCAAGUCAUUAAACGACUACGACUGCAAGGACACAGAGAGAUGCUGCCCAACCCCGUGUAGCGCCUACAGCUGGAUGUGCGUGCCUCCCAGUAUUAAGGUGAUGUUCAAACCGCCACCCUGGGCCAAGACCACUCCGCAACCCCGGCCCGAGACCACUCCGCAACCUCAGCCCAUCACUGAAACGACACUGCAACCCACAUUUGGAUGUCCUCCAUUCACUGACCCUGUGUUUGAAAGCAUCCUCAGCAAUCCUUUGCAUUGUCCAGAAAAGUGUCGCAUGGAGAUACGCAACUAUGUAAAGAGGUGGACGCCAAGAGAUGUUGCCCCAACCCAAGCAGCGAAGUAAGCUGGAUGUGCGUGCCUCCCGUCAGAACAGACCUUUAAGACACUGGGCACCUUUGGUAAUUGUCGAAGACCAGUCUUCUCACUUGUUCAACAGUUAGCGCUUGCCCAAUGUGUAUUUGCAAAAAGGUCUAUGAUGUCAUAUCCCUAAAACAUCGGCUUAACUCAACGACAACAACAA